AUGCAGAUAUUCGUGAAAACUCUCUCCGGCAAAACCAUAACCGUCGACGCUGGCUUUUCCGACUCCGUCCACUAUGUCAAGAAUGAGAUCCACCUCAAGGAAGGGAUUCCACCAAACCAACAACGUUUGAUUUUCGCCGGAAAGCAACUCGAAGAUGGACUCACUCUCUCUCACUACAACAUCGUCAAAGGUUUUAUCGACUUUCGAUUUUCUUAUUUUUCCCACAGAACUGAAAAAAUGCAAUAUUGUAAGUCUACUUUGCAUCUGGUUUUGAGGCUUAGGGGUGGCAUUUUUGAGCCGUCUCUCAAGGCAUUGGCUCAGGAGUACAAACAGAAGAAAUUGAUCUGUCGCAAAUGCUAUGCUCGUCUGCAUCCUCGUGCUACCAACUGCAGGAAGAAAAAAUGUGGCCAUAGCACCGAUUUGAGGCCGAAGUCGAAGAAGGGCAAGUACCUGUGA